CCUUGUGGGCGUGUCCUGUGCUCGGCAGCGGAAGAGCAGGUGCAGCAGAGAAACACGGAGGAUCCUCACAACAACAGCAUCCACACCAUAGAUCCACACAGACCCGGGCCCGGACUGAGACCAGGCCCGCAUUUACACCACCGAGCGACAGCCUUUGAUUCUGCUGCUGCUGCUGUGAGACAGUCUGGAGGCCCGUCGACAUGACUCUGAACCAGAACCACUCGGAGUCCGGCGGAGUCAUCAUCAACAACAGCGAGAGUUUGUUGAUGAACUAUGACAACGUGGAGCUGCUUUUCUGCGAUGCGGAGCGUCUUCCAGAAGCCUUCAGAAAGAGCAAGAAGGGCAGCAUCUACCUGACUCCGUACAGGGUGAUCUUUGUGGCCAAAGGGCGAGAUGCACUGCAGUCCUUCAUGAUGCCUUUCUACCUGAUGAAAGGCUGUGAGGUCAAGCAGCCUGUGUUAGGAGCUAAUUACAUUAAAGGCACUGUAAGCGCAGAGCCUGGAGGCGGCUGGGAGGGCAGCGCUACAUUCAAGCUCGUCUUUGCUGCUGGAGGAGCUAUAGAGUUUGGACAGUACAUGCUGCAAGUCGCAGCUCAGGCAUCAAGAGGUCAGCCAGUGACUUCCGGGUUUGGUGGAUGCCCCUACAUGGCAAACGGGGCCUAUGCUUACCCUCCCCCUCCUGCGAAUGGGAUGUACCCUGCUGGACCUCCGCCUGGCUACUCCUACCCCAACCCUCCUCCACCAGGUGGAUUCUAUCCAACCCCUCCGGCGUUUGAUGCCUCUGCUGGCUACAUACCUCCACCUCCUUAUUCUGCUCCUCUAGGCCAGCAGCCCCCUCAUGAUCCAGACCUCCCCUCCUCGGCAGCAGCGGAGGCUAAAGCAGCCGAGGCAGCAGCGAGUGCCAGCUCUGUCACACUGCCUCCUACACAUGUGUACCUGCCACAGGACAAGCCUCCUCCCUACUCUCCUCCAGAGGACAAGAAGAACCAGUAGACCUGCUUCACCUCAUUCCUCUCCGUCUCCUGUAAUCUCUAUCCUACUGGAUCACCUCAUCCCUUCAUCCCUUCAAUGGAUUCCCUUCUUUCUCUUUCCCCCAGACUCCUUACAACUCAUUCUUUUUGGUUCCAGCUUUUUCCUCAUCCCAUUGCUCUCCAGGCUUUUACAUGUCUUUACUGAUUUCUCUAUUAUAAACAGCUUCACUCUCUACAGAAGCACCUUUACUUUACUACAGAACAUGGAAGUAUUGAUGGUAAUCUUUGGGAGACACAAGGAAAGUGUUGAGGACAAGGUUGUCAGGUUUUGGGGCUUAUUUUAACGUAGAAGACAAACUUUGUAACCUGACUUAUUUUAGCAUUCAUUGCCGUGUGGGCUUCCAAAGAAUAAUACUCCUACACUAAACUAUAGAUUCAGCUAUGAUGUGAAGUUAACAAUAAUUUUCUAUGAAUCCAGACGAACCCAGUCGACAUAAAUUCCUUUGCUAAUUCAUUCCGAAGCGAGCUGAAUGCAGUGUUUUAUUUUUCUAUAAUUUGUGUGUACAGGCUUUUAAUAUGUAGACUUUUAAAAAGCGAUAUUUUCACAAGAAUACUAAGCUAGAGAAAAAUAGCAUUUGUAAACAUAGCUGACUGCAGAGAGGCCACGCCUACUUCGAUGUGUCUUAGUGGACCAGAGGAACCACAAAGAUUAGAGCAGCCAAGGCGGCAAAUCCCUGAUCCUGGACUAGAACAGAGCGUGAGGGUGACAAGGGCUGCGAGGAGGGAUUAUCUAUCAGAGCAGUCACUCAAUGAUGUCACUUCCUGUUUCGUCAUGUGUCUGAACAUUCAAGAAAACACACGGUCAGACUCACAGCCAGCCUACUUCACCUUUGAUUUUGAUUGUAACUCUCCAGUAUAAGGUCGGUCUCUGAACUCCUCCUCCCUCUGUGACUCUUCUAUAUUCUGUAUCUGUGGCACAUGUGUGGCUGAUUCUUUGCACUUUCAGAAUGCUAUGCAUCAGGCUCUUCUUUGCUCUGUCAUGGCUGUGUGUAAAAUAAUAAUACUGAUAAUAAUAAUAAUGAAGCUCUGUAUUUAUUUCAAACUAAUUUAUUGAGAAAUUCAUGUAAAAUGGCUCGACUAAGUAAAACAAAGCAUGAUCUCAACCAAUGCUUGUACGCGUUGGAUUGGAGUUUAUUGAAUGAAUCUUGAUUCGUGUGAACAAUAA